CUAAAGCACUAAAACCAAGUGAAAGAACACAAAUUAUUAAUAACCCUUACAUUUGAUGGCCGUAAGGCCUCUCCAAUUCAUACUCUCUCUCCACCACCGCUCUCUUCCGACCUCUUUCCUCCGCCGCAUCUCCUUCCGGCCGGCCCUCUCCCUCUCUCAGCAACCGCAGCGAAGGAUAAACAGCUACCACCAGAGAGAAAAGCCGCCGCCGCCGCCGCCGCCGCAGCUGUCAACCACCGUCAGCCUCGAAUCCACCGUGUCGGCGCCCCUCACCAUGUCGCAGAAGAUCGGAAAAGCUAUCAGGCGGCCGGGAGCUCCGUCGAAGGCGAAGGUCUACGCCGACGUCAAUGUUAUCCGACCUAAGGAGUAUUGGGACUACGAGUCUCUCACUGUUCAAUGGGGAGAGCAAGAUGAUUAUGAGGUCGUGAGGAAGGUGGGUAGGGGAAAAUAUAGCGAGGUUUUUGAGGGUCUUCACACCACCAAUAACGAAAAGUGUGUUAUCAAGAUCCUCAAACCUGUCAAGAAGAAAAAGAUCAAGAGAGAGAUCAAGAUUUUACAGAAUCUCUGUGGUGGGCCAAAUAUUGUGAAGUUGCUUGAUAUCGUAAGAGAUCAACAAUCAAAGACCCCAAGUCUUAUAUUUGAACAUGUGAACAAUACAGACUUCAAAGUGCUAUAUCCGACACUAUCCGACUUUGAUAUUAGAUAUUACAUCUAUGAACUUUUGAAGGCUUUAGACUAUUGUCAUUCUCAAGGUAUCAUGCAUCGGGAUGUGAAGCCCCACAAUGUCAUGAUAGAUCACGAGCAGCGUAAACUUCGCCUAAUAGACUGGGGACUUGCUGAGUUCUACCAUCCUGGGAAGGAAUAUAAUGUCCGUGUUGCUUCUAGGUAUUUCAAGGGACCUGAACUUCUCGUUGAUUUGCAAGACUAUGAUUACUCCUUGGACUUAUGGAGCCUGGGCUGUAUGUUUGCUGGAAUGAUAUUUCGCAAGGAGCCAUUUUUUUACGGACAUGACAAUUACGAUCAACUAGUCAAGAUUGCGAAGGUGUUAGGAACCGAUGAGCUGUACACUUACUUGAACAAGUACCGUCUGGAAUUGGACCAACAUCUUGUUGCCCUAGUUGGAAGGCAUAGCAGAAAACCAUGGACAAAGUUUAUUAAUGCUGAUAAUCAACAUUUGGCACUUCCCGAGGCCGUUGAUUUUGUUGACAAAUUAUUGCGAUAUGAUCAUCAAGAAAGACCGACUGCAAAGGAAGCAAUGGCACACCCGUAUUUUUACCCGGUAAGGAAUGCAGAAAGCCGAAGAAAUCGCGGCCAGUAGAAGUGGACAAGCAAGAUGCCGUCAUUUUUCUUGGUGCCUAAAUCAUUUAUUGCUUCCCGAUUGAUAUUUAAUGCAGUUGAUUGAGUUUACUAGUUGUGCUUGUUGUGCCAUCAAUUUUUCUCCCUAGUUUCGUAGACUGAAGUUUCGUGUUUGUGCCUUUACUGUGUUUUUGUUUUUUUUACCGAGAGAGAUUAAUUGUUGAUUUUCUUCAAUUUAAAGAUUUUAUGAUUGAAAACAAAAGGUAGAAAUGUUGAAAAGGGUACUUCCGGAAAUCCCAAAGUUGAAUUAUUUUUUUUCAA